AUGUAUCCGCCACUUUGCGAGAUUACUGUCAGUCUGCGUGAAUCUGAACUUUGGAAGAAAAUUCACUCACUGGGUAAUGAGAUCCCAGUAAAACCCGUUGGGAGAUUAAUAUUUCCGCUACUAAACUUCAAUGUCAGCGGGUUUGAUCCAGAAGGUGUAUACACUAUGGGUAUAAAACUCCGUCGAGUCAAUACAAAAGUUUUGGAGUUUAAAAAGAAUAAGAUUCCAAAUAAAUGGAGAGAAACUGGACAGUCUGUGGAACACUUUCCUUUGGAGAGUAAUGAAAUUUUUGAGACUUCAAAGAGAGGCGAAUAUUGGAUGAAUUGGGGAAUCAAAUUCGAGAAAAUAAAAAUUCAUACAAACGGGAGAUACAAUCAGUCUGCUAAAUAUGUGUUCGGCAAGGAAGAAAUGAUGCUAGUCAACACCCGUUGCAAAUAUGUUCCGAUUCUGACAAUCUACAAAAUAGAAAACGAGAAGAAGCAACUGCUCAAGCAAUUCGUUUUUGAAGAAACCCAAUUUAUAACUGUCGAAUCCAGAUCGGUUUUGCUGGAUGUGACAACUCCGCCAUUUCAUCAGAAUUUGUCCUCGUCUCAAAAGGACCAUCAUCUCUCUGGAGCAUUCCAAAUUUUCCAAGUGCCAGCUGCUCGAUACGCCGACGGACUGGAACAAUACUUACCCAAGGAUCCGGUUGCAAGGAUGGAGUUUGAACAAGCGGAUCUUGAUGAUAUCAUAAUGUGCACAUUGCUGGACUCAACUUUAUAA